AUGAUGGAGCUAGAAGAGCUAGAGGAGUUUGAAGAGUUUGAGGAGUUACAGGCUUUGGAGCGUGGUUUUGACGCUGCAGCAACGCGCGUUUUGGCAGGAUAUCGUGGGCAUGACUCCCAGCAAAGCCCGAGUGGGGGAGAGGAGGAGAGUAGAGUAGAGGAGGAAGGGAAGUGGUCUUGGGCGAAAGCGGGGAUGGGCUGGGUGGGCGUGAUAGCAUCGCUGGUAGCCUCGCAUCUGGCUCGUGAGAAGGAAAAGAAGGGAAAUACACCUGGGAUGCACAAAUUGGACGAGAAAAAGGGCGGCGGAAGCAGCAGGGUGAGUCCCAGUAGCAGUGGUAGUAGUGGGGAAAUCCAUCCUGAGUUUGAGAUCUGGAGAUUGGAUUGUGCUGGAGUCAACCGAGUCAACCACGCUGCGGAAGUCAAGCGAGUCAACGAUGCUGGAGCCAAUCGCCCUGCCAUUGCUUCUCCUUCUGCUGCUGCUGCUGCUGCUGCUACUUCUGCUGCUGCUGCUGCUGCUGCUGCUGCUGCUGCUGCUGCUCCCAGUGCCGCUGCUGUGUCUGCCGCUGCCGCCAGUGCAGCGGCGGCUGCAGCAGUGGGCACGGCCCCUGGGUCAUUCUCGCGAGUGACUCGGCCGCCCAUAGGCAGCUGGUGGGAGGCCACCGGGCCUGCCUUUGCUGUGGGGCGCGGGUGGGUUGCCUCGGGAUCGGGUCAGGGAGUGGAUGCCCUCACGCUCACCAUGUCUAAGGAACCCGUGUACCAGGUAGUGGAGGUGAGUGCGAGCGGGGCACUCAGGCAGAGGGAGGUCAGUCGACGACAGCUGCUGCGAUACAGUGGUCUAUCGCAGCGUGACAUUCGCCGCAUUGACCCGUCUCUUUGGGUCACCAACGCCCUGCCUGCCCUGCUGGUGCGGGAGAGUGCGAUCCUGGUGAACCUAGGGUCGCUACGGGCCGUAGCUACAGCCGACUCUGUUCUCAUCUUCGACCACCACAGUGCAGGAGCGCGGGCAUUCCUGGAGGUGCUGCUGGAUCGCCUGAGGCUGGAUGCAGAUCUGGCAGACAUGCACGGGGGGAAGGGCGUGGGAGGCCCUGUGCCCUUCGAACUGGAGGUGGUGGAGUGUGCCUUGAUCUCCCGCACACAGCGACUUGAGAGUGCUCUUCUGGACAUCGAGCCUCGGACGAAGGCGCUACUGGAGGUUCUCCCCACACGCAUCACAGCCGACAAUCUCGAGGAGCUGCGUUUGGCCAAGCAGGCUCUGGUGGAGCUGGGAUCCAAGGUUGGGGCGCUGCGGCAGAUGCUGCUGGAGCUGCUAGAGCACACGAGUGACCUGCGCCGCAUCACAGCCAUGGGGCGGCACUGCCACGUCAGCAAGGACGGCCAAGUGGAGUGCCUCACACCCAUCGACCAGCGGCUCGUGGACGAGGAGGAGCAGGAGGUGGAGAUGUUGCUUGAGUAUUACCUCCAACGGUGCGACUCGUGCCAUGGGCAGGCGGAGAAGCUACUGGAUUCAGCCAGGGAGAUGGAGGACUCAAUCUCGGUCAACCUCAGCUCUCGCCGCCUGGAAGUGAGCCGCUUUGAGCUGCUGCUACAGGUGGCCACGUUCGCUUCGGCCAUAGGGGCCCUCAUCGCAGGGGGCAUAAUUUUAGGUGGCGUGGUCAUGUUUGUCCUCAUGCUCAUCUACCUGCGGCGCCGCAAGAUCCUAUGA